CCACAGUGACAACGAGUUACGUGAGUUGUGCUUGUAAUCGAGUCCCACAUUGUGUCAACUGGGGCUUAAAUGGACUCAUUGCUUUCGGUACAAGUAAUUCAGUGGCUUUGUAUGUACCUGAGAGACCCGAUUCUGCCGGACAAAUUCAUUGCCUCCUCAAUGGACACAGAGGAAAAGUCAACUGCGUCAAGUGGAUACAGUGCCCUAUCGUUGAGCAGACAGGUCAGCUAGCACAAACGGAGCUCGUAUCAGGUUCACAAGACAGUACGCUCAUCGUAUGGAGGGGUCUGGAUGGAAAGUAUCAGCAACAUGCCAAGCUCGUCGGCCAUACCGCUGCCGUCACAGUCGUUGAAGCCAUGUACCUCCCAGACAGAGACGGCGGACUGUCCCCGACAUCGAGGACCCUGAUUGCCAGCGCCUCUGUAGACUCUUCUGUCAGAAUAUGGCAGCGGGAGGAAACGGGCGGAGACUUCACCUGCCUGCAGUGUCUCUUAUUUGGGAAUGGAUUCGCCCUGGACCUGGCUUUGUUUGUACUCCAGCGACGAGUUCCAUUGUUGGCACUUGGUGGAGAUGACACCAAGCUUCACUUCUACGUAGAAGCAGACGGCGGCAAGUUUGUGAGGAGCUUGUCCCUGACUGGGCAUGAAGAUUGGAUCCGAGCUGUACAAAUCACUGCUGAUGACAACGGAGAUCUCCUUGUUGCCAGUUGCUCUCAGGAUUGUUUCAUUCGUCUGUGGAGGGUCGUCGCCGGCGUAAACCAAGAGCUGGAGACGGGCAAGGUCCUGGAGGAGGAUACCGGGGAAUUGAAGCUGAAGGGAAAUACACUCUGUCCAUCAUGGGAAGGAAGUGGAAUUUGUUUCUCAGUAGUACUGGAGAGUGUGAUGGCUGGCCAUGAGCAGUGGGUCUACGGGUUACACUGGCAACCCCCAAUCUACAGGGAUGGAACGAGGUACCAGGAGCAGUGUCUUCUCUCAGCCUCUAUGGACAAAACCAUGAUCAUAUGGAAGCUAGAUAGCGAAUCAGGAGUGUGGCUCGAUCACGUGAGAGUUGGUGAAGUCGGGGGGAAUACGCUGGGUCUGUAUGGGUGCCAGUUCAGCCCAGAUGGGGGCGCUAUACUAGCCCAUGGGUACCAGGGGGCGCUACAUCUGUGGAAGAAGUCUGCAUCAAUUCCCGAUAGGAGCACUGCCCAAUGGUCUCCGUCCCCGGUAGUCAGCGGUCACUUUGGUGGUGUUCAGGACAUCACCUGGGAGCCUGAAGACGGUGCGUUUUUGAUGAGCGUUGGUUUGGACCAGACGACGAGGCUGCAUGCUCCGUGGCGGCGGGAAGGGUAUCAGACAACCUGGCAUGAGAUCGCCCGCCCUCAAGUCCAUGGUUAUGACAUGCACUGUCUGACCCUCGUCGACAGGUACAGGCUAGCUUCAGGAGCCGAUGAAAAGGUUCUGCGAAUAUUUGAUGCUCCGAGGAACUUUGUAGAAAACUUUGGGCGAAUAUCGGGAGUGGACGUCACUGAGGCCUUACAGGACAGGAAGAAUAGUGACGUCCCUGAAGGAGCCAGCGUCCCGGCUCUUGGCCUCUCCAAUAAAGCCGUCUUUCAGGGGGAGUCCGGGAAGGCAGCAUCUGAGAGAGAGAUCUCACACCCUAGCGAGCUCUACCCAGAAAUAUACUUCAAUCCUCUAGAACUAGCAGGUCCGCCCACAGAGGAGCACCUCUUGCAGAAUACGCUGUGGCCUGAAAAGCAGAAGCUGUACGGUCACAGCUAUGAGAUAUUCAGUGUGGCGAGUCACCCAUCCGGAACUAUUAUAGCAUCUGCCUGUAAGGCUUCAAAGGCAGAAUACGCAACCAUCCUUCUGUGGGACACUACAACAUGGCGCCAGCUAGGCGAACUACCAGCCCACUCCCUAACCAUCACACAGCUGGCAUUCUCCCACAGCGGUAGACACCUCCUAGCAGUGUCCAGAGACCGGACUUGGUCAGUGUUUGAAGAGAAGGAGCAAGGAGGAGAAUCAAAAGGUUGUCUAUAUGUGCUGGUUGCCUGCACAGAUAAGAAGACAGCUCGUCAUUCCAGGAUUAUCUGGUCAGGUGCUUGGUCACAUGAUGAUCGGUACUUCGCCACAGCUUCAAGAGACAAGAAGGUAAUCAUCUGGGGUCAGAGGUCAUCUGAUGACCAAGAAGAUGCAACUCCAAGCUGCCUUGGGAAUUACCGGGCAUGCUCAGUGCCCUUUGACCUGAAGGAUGCUGUGACGGCAGCUGACUUUGCUUUAGUGACUAGCACCAGUGGAAGUUAUAUCUUAGCAGUUGGGUUAGAGUCGGGAUCGAUGUCUGUGGCGCAAUGGAACCCCAAGACUCCAAAUGCCUGGCAGACAUGUUUCUGCGUUCAACCACAACUCUGUCACACGAUGACCGUCAAGCGGCUGAAGUGGAGGCCGAAGGUCAAGGGUAGUGACGAUACAAAGCCUGAUGGGAUUACGCACCUCCAGCUGGCUAGCUGCAGCUCCGACAGCAGUGUUCGGAUUCACGACAUCGACAUCAACUCUUUAUGACAAGAACAAUGUUAAAGGCAGUGGACACUAUUGGUAACUACUCAAAAUUAUUAUUAGCAUAAAACCUUACUUGGUAACGAGUA